UCAGUCGCACGCGCAGUUGCUUUCAAUUCAAAUUCAAAUAAUGUAUGGCCAUUCAAUUAUUUCUUGAUACUUGUCACUCAACUACGCUCGGACAAGAUCGUUGUUGUUUUUAAUUAUAACUCAGUUUGGUCUAAUUGUGUAUAGUUUUAUAACUAAGAUCAAACAUGGACGGUCCCGCAGGACCAUCGCCAUGUCAGUUACGAAAGGGAAGAGGAGAAACCACAAAUAUCACAGAAAGAUUGAGUGUCAAUGACAGUGACAAUUGUCAGAAUGACAGCUGUCAGUGUGACAGAACACAGAGUGAAGUCAAAAUAAAUAGUAAGAGGUUUGGCAGGGGAGCGGUAGAAUCAGGUUUAACACACGAAUGCGGCGUGUUCGGUGCAAUCGGCACAGGAGAAUGGCCGACACAAGUGGACGUAGCACAAGUUAUAUGCCUCGGGCUUGUCGCGCUGCAGCAUCGAGGUCAGGAAUCUGCGGGUAUAGUGACGUCAGAGGGCAAGAGCGCGCGCACGUUCAACACACACAAGGGCAUGGGCCUUAUCAAUAACAUAUUUAAUGACGAAGCCAUGAGGAAACUAAAGGGCAACCUUGGAAUUGGGCACACGAGGUACUCGACAUCAGCGGCGUCCGAGGAGGUGAACUGUCAGCCGUUCGUGGUGCACACCGCGCACGGGGCGCUGGCGGUCGCGCACAAUGGCGAGCUCGUCAAUUGCAGCAGCUUACGAAAGAUGGUGUUAGGCCGGGGAGUGGGACUAUCCACACAUUCAGACUCUGAACUGAUCACACAAGCCUUAUGUCUCAACCCACCGGAGGGUGAAACCAAUGGCCCCGACUGGCCUGCCAGGAUUAAUCAUCUUAUGAGGCUAGCCCCUCUCAGCUAUUCCCUAGUAAUAAUGCUCAAAGACAAGAUAUACGCAGUCCGGGAUCCCUAUGGCAACAGACCGCUCUGCCUUGGCAAGAUACUGCCAUUGGGUUCCUCAUAUGUCUACAAAUCGUCAUCAUCGAAGCAUGCGGCGGUCCUUAUGAACGGUUGCGCGAAGAACGGUGUGGAGGACAGGGCUGAAGGUUGGGUCGUCUCAUCCGAGUCCUGUGGAUUCCUUUCUAUUGGCGCGCGCUACGUGCGCGAGGUGCUCCCCGGGGAGAUCAUCGAGAUGUCGCGGCACGGCGUGCGCACGGUGGACGUGGUGGAGCGGCCGGCCGACAAGCACCAGGCCUUCUGCAUCUUCGAGUACGUGUACUUCGCGCGCGCCGACAGCAUCUUCGAGGGUCAGAUGGUGUACUCGGCGCGGCUGCAGUGCGGGCGCAUGCUGGCGCGCGAGUCGCCCGUGGACGCCGACAUCGUGUCGUCCGUGCCCGAGUCCGGCACCGCCGCCGCGCACGGAUACGCGCGACAGUCGGGUAUACCCUUCAUGGAAGUCCUGUGCAAGAACCGAUACGUCGGCAGAACGUUCAUCCAGCCGUCCACGAGACUGCGUCAGCUGGGCGUCGCUAAGAAGUUUGGCGCGCUCUCGGAGAACGUGCGCGGGAAACGAAUCGUUCUCAUCGACGACUCGAUCGUGAGAGGGAAUACGAUCGGACCGAUUAUCAAGUUGCUGAGGGAUGCGGGAGCGGCCGAGGUACACAUCAGGAUAGCAUCCCCGCCCCUCAAGUACCCGUGCUACAUGGGCAUCAAUAUCCCAACGAGAGAAGAGCUCAUCGCUAACAAAAUGGACUCGUUUAAACUUGCUGAACAUGUUGGCGCUGACAGUCUCGAAUAUCUCAGCGUGGAGGGUCUCGUGAGUGCAAUCCACUACAACAUGAAGGUGACGCCCAGCGACGGGGUGGGCGGGCACUGCACCGCGUGCCUCACCGGGGAAUACCCGGGCGGCCUGCCCGAUGACGUCGACUGGUGAAAAUAGAACGUAUUCUGUUUGGAGUAAGGAGCAGUUUCUCAUAACGUAGCUGUAACAAUGGCGCCGUUUUCGGCGGUACUAUUAGUGAGUACGAAGCGAUGUAGUUAAGUAGAUCCACAGAGCAAAAACAAAUGUGAAAAAUAAUAUUUUUAAACUUUUCCUACACAUAGAUCACUACAGUACAAGUAAUACUUAAUAAUCUGUCGACACCGUUUUUAUAUAGUCUGUGGUAAUACUCAAAUAUUUGGAAUAAAUGUACAACCUAUAUUGUGAAAAAGGCACAUGUUAUAUAAUAAUUUUAUGGUAAAUGAUAUAAGAAAUACCUCUUAUUUGAUUAUGAUAUAAUAAUACUUGAAUGUUGCGUGUAUUUUUAAAGGACAAAUUAAAUACUAAAAUUGUUUUUUAAAUUAGUAAAUAACAUAUUUCUGUCCUUGGUAUUGCCAAUACGAUUAUAUACUGUAAUUUUUUUUUAAAUAUUGAUUUUCUAGAGCAUAUAAAAUUAAAUUUUAAUUCAUAUCAAAUUGUUCUUCUUGCGUAUCGAUUUAUAAUAAUAACGUAUAAAAUUAAAAAAAGAGUCAUAUAUAGAGGUAAUAAAGUACAUAUUAAUUUGAAAUAAAAAAAAAUAAUGAAAUUAAUAGGUUUUGCUGAUUUUAAAACCAACCUCUUAAAAUAUUUAAGGGUUUCUAAUAAUAUAAUAUUUACAGUUAUGUCACUUGUCACUCGUGUUAUUUAGGGUGAUUUUUUAAACAAUGUUGUCUUCUUCUUUUUAAUGUCAAAUAUAUGUUGACAGAAAGAGAUAUCAGUGUUUGACCAAACACCUGCUAAACAACGUUUAUAAGUAAAGCCGUAUAUAACAUAGCUAAUAGGGAUCAGAUAUUUGAAUAUCAGCCUCUGCAUUUAGUUUACAUUAUAAUCGUGUAAUUUUAAAUUUCGAAAAAGAAAAUUGGAAUUUAUGUUUAGUUCUAUUUUUAAAAAUAUUUGCGCAUAAUAAUGUGUAUUAUAUAAUUUGAAUAUUUUUUUUAUAUAAAUCUAAUUCCUUUAUAUUUUAAGGUUGUAUUUUAAAUUUUAUAGUUAUAGAUUUAUUUCUUUUUUCGUCGUGCUGGUUUCGACGAAUAUUUUAUUAUUAAUGUUUAAACAUUUAAAAGGGUUGUUUUUCGCGCAAUAUCGUUGUAUUAGUGAAACAAACAAGUUUAUCCUUAUUUUAAAGUUCCUUUUUAUUGGCGUCCUUUUCCUUCAUAGCGAUAUUUUACUUAGCGCGAAUAAGACGUGUAUACUGUAUCGUUUAUAGAAAAUAUUUUUUUUUAUUUUACAAUUGAUUGAAAAAAAUCAUAAUAACAAUUAUUGUUUAGAUCAAUCUAUCAAUUUUAAAAGGUCAUAAGUACAUUGAUAAAAGAAAAUUGUUAUAUUAAUGACAAUUAUAUUAAAAAACGUAAUGUGCCGUGGAUCUCAUGAUAACAACAAAUAAUUGUUUUUCGGAAAAGAUAUAUAUAUAUGGUCAUUUUGUCUACGUAAUAGGUCCACGGAAAAUUACGUUAAUGAAAUAGAAAAAUAAAUUGUCAAUCAAAUAUUAUAUAAUUCGGUUGUCUGUUUUUCUAUAUAUUUAAAUAAGUUCUCGAAUAGUGCCUUAUCGAAUAAGAUAGAUCUGAAAUGUUUCCUGUCUUAUUAAAUAUAACUUAGAUUAUUUACGUGUACAUUCCGAUGUUUUAUUUGAUAGAAUUUAUAAUAAAUAAAUGUUUUAAGGACUC